GUUUGAGACCAAGUUGAUAGGAAAAGGGGUCCCCCUCCCCCAUAUUAUUGGUGAAUAAGCCAAAAAGGCUAUUCACAACCACCCCAGCCUUUGUCUCUCAUCCAAGCUAGAUUCAUUGAGGAGAGAAGGUCUGCAAAAGACUCCAUUUCAUCAUCCUUACACGCACCAAGCUAAGGAAGAAGAAGAAGGAGAAAAGAGAAGAGAAAAGAGGAGCUUUAGGUGGGAAAACUUGUAGUUAACAAGGUAUUUUAAGAACUUUCACGGAGUUGAAAGGGGCGCCGGAGUUGUCGCCGGAGUUCGUUGAAGUUCACCGGAGUUUCACCGGGGCUAAACCGGGAAGGCUAGAACUUCAUAAGCUUCAAUAAGGUGAGAAGACGGCUAUAUGCUUUAUAACUUUUGCGUGAGGCAUGAGAUUACCUAAAUUAAUCAAUAAUAUGUUUUAUGAAUUGAUUAAUGGUAUUAAAGCUUGUGUUAUGUUAUGUUAAGAACUAUAACAAGGUUGGAAAGCAUGAAAUGUAGGUUUGAUUAGUGAAAUGAUUAUAAAUUGAGAUGUAUGAUGUUCCAAGGACCAAAACAGGUAUUUUUGGAUCAAGGACUUCAAGGAGUACAUGCAUGUAAAAUUUCACGUUCAUCGGACUCCGUUUGGGCGGUCAAACGGGCGUUGACCGCCAAGUCAACCACAAUACCCGACCGGGUAUUGGCAAAUACCCGACCGGGUAUUUGCUGAAAAACUGCCCAGAGGGCUGCUGCCUCCUAUACUCGAUCGAGUAUGGAUAGGUACUCGAUCGAGUAUGCAUGGAAAAUUAGCCUUACGGGCUGCUGCCUCCUAUACUCGAUCGAGUAUGGAUAGGUACUCGAUCGAGUAUGCAUGGAAGAUUAGCCUUACGGGUUGCUGUCUCCUGUACUUGACCGAGUAUAGGUGGGUACUCGAUCGAGUAUUGGGUUAUACUCAAAACGGGUAGUUUUUGAGUAGGUUAACGUGGACCGAUCAGGUGGGACCCGUCCACGUUGGUUGCUAAGGAUUGUUACAUGACUAUAGGACUAGGUAUUGUCCAUAGUUAAUUGAAUGAAAGGUUAGCCAUAUCCAAGUUAGGGUUGGUAAGGAAUAAGGUUGAGGUUGAGUAUCCUCAGGACGGUAAACAAUCCUAAAACUCGGUGAGGUUGAGUAUCCUCAGGACGGUAAACAAUCCUAAAACUCGGUGAGGUUGAGUAUCCUCAGGACGGUAAACAAUCCUAAAACUCGGUGAGGUUGAGUAUCCUCAGGACGGUAAACAAUCCUAAAACUCGGUUGAGGUUGAGCAUCCUCGGGACGGUAAAUGAUCCUAAAACUCGGUUGGGGUUGAGCAUCCCCGGGACGGUAAAUACUCCCGAAACUCGGUAGGAUAUUAUGAAAGUAGAAUGUAGUUUGUGAGCUAGGCAUUCAGGAUGAAAGGGGAAAGGUUGGGUAAGUACCUUAUCUCUAAAAGACUUUUUGCGGGGAAAUGACCUACGGGUCAAGUAUUUUGCAAGUAUAUACACUAUGUAUUAUCUUGGGAAUGGGGUAACAAUGGUUACACCUAUAUAUUUAUGUAUCAUCCUACUUUUGGGUCUCGUGUCUGAAGCAUUAGUUAUUCCUCAUAUAGCCUGCUUGUCACUAGUACUUCUAUGGAGUACUGACCCCUUCGGGGGCCCUCACAUUUUUCAGGUUGAGGCUAGAGUCCUACUACCUGCACCUUCGCCUAGGGUGAUUGAUCAAGGAGGAAGACGUGGUUCGUGCUUCCAUUCUUAUUCAAAAUUGAUGAACUGCUCAUGGAUAUUUUUAACAAUGUUUCCUAUUAAAACAUUUGGGGGCCUGCGUGCCCGUAUUUGCCACGUGUGGCUAAGUAUCAAACAUAUCUUAUUUUCCGCAUUUGUUUGACUAAUAUAUAUAUUGAUGUUGAUUGUAUGGGUUUACUAAUCGGCUUGGCAAUAG